AUGAUGGAUAACCCUGAAAUCAAAGCAUCGGCCAUUGAAUGGCUUCAGCGAUACCACGCAUCUGGUGAUGCUCUCAAUCCCGAUGUCUCCGUUCCCGAGUUCUAUACUCCAGACUGCGUGAUGGCAUUUCCAGGACAGCCUCAAUUGCAGGGCCAUGACGCCAUCAAGACUUUCUUUAAACAGCAAUUCUCCAUUAUUGAUCGCAUGACACAUACAAUUGGCCGCGUGGAUGUGGUGGCGGAUCGAAUUUACCAGGAGGCCAAGAUCGAAUAUGUACUCAAGGGGGAUCCGGAGCAGAAGGUGAUCAAGAUUGAUGGCCUGGCGAUUUUUGGUAAACGGGCGGAGGAAGACCAGAUGAGCUUUUUCACCGUCUACUUGGACCCACGCGAGUUGUUAGAGAGGAAGCAGAUUGUUGAUGCGAUGGGCAGUUGA